AUGGAGUUUGAAUAUAAAAAAUAUGGAUUUACAGCAAAUAUAAGAGUAUAUGAACCAGAUGAUUAUCCCUCUAAAAUGUUUGAUAGUGAUCCUCCAUCAGAAUUUCCUUUCCGAGGAAAAAUUGUAAUUGAAAUUAUUUUUCCUAUGCAGGUAAAAGUUGAUUCAAUAUUCUUCAGACAAAAAUCACUUUCAUCUAAUAAAAAAUUUAACGCUCGUAAAGUUCUUCAGUUUAUCAAUGGUACAGAAAAUGUAGAAACUAGAGAAUUAGAAAUUAACGAUGAAAACAGCAAGAAUUAUAACUUAUAUGAAAUUAAAACGAGUGGAAAAUAUAUAGAUAGGUUUAGAAUGUUAAUUUUACCAGAUAAAGAAAAUGAUUAUCUUUCAUUGAGUGAAUUUAAUAUGAUAUUGGAAACGGAAAGUCCACCAUCAAUGAAUAUUUUUAGAAAUCCAGAACCAAAAAAAGAAGCAAAUAUGAGUUAUCAGUUUUUACGAGCGACAGGCUUUGAAUACGUAAAACUAUAUUUUGUUAAUAAUAGUUAUUCAUUCGAAUAUACCUCUUCAACUGAUUUAUUUACCUCAAUCGAUAUUCAUAAAAGUCAACAAGAUAAAUAA